AUGGGCCGUCCUCGAUUGUAUAAGACUCAAGAGGAGCGUAGUGAAGCUGCACGCAGGUAUAGGAAGAAAUACUAUGAGAGGAGUAAGGAACGGAUUGCCGCUGCUAAGCAGAGUUUACGCAAGAAAGGCAGCACAGUGGUGGAGCCUGAAAUUGAUAUUGAAAAUGUCGAGUCCGAUGUUGAGUCUGAGCCCGUUCAGCUGACCAAUGCUGCAACUGUAAUUGAUAUUGACGAUGUCGAGUACAAGCUUAUGAAGUGCGCUCAACUGGACAAACUCUGCUAUCAAUUAGCGAAUAACUUUCUACACGAUCAACAAGCAGUUUUGGAUGCCCUAUCGGAACGGCUUGAGACAUUGGUGCAUGUUGAAGAGUACCUGCGGUCUGCAACUUCAGUUCAUCAUGAUCACAUCGAAGGUUUCCUGUGCCGCUGUAAACUCGUUGUCGCAGCUACUGAGGAACUAUGGUGCUAUGCAGCUACUUUGGCCACCGGAGCGAGCCCUGUUCCCUGGCCUGCGCAAAAAUUCACCAUGGUCAGCGGAGCAAGCAGUUGCAGUAAUGAGGUCUGUGUGGAGGAUCAAGGAGUGGAUCCAUCGAUACUAUGGGUGGCCUGGAUCAUGAUGCAACAUGCACAUGUAGAUCCCUUGAGCUUUGGGAUUAGCUAUAAUUAG